GACGAAGAGCUGGGAGUCAAGGACGACAGCCACAAGCCAUGGAAGCCUGCCGCGGGUGGCUCAAGCUGGCUCGCAAGGCUGAGAUACCGAAAGAAGAGAAUCGUUGCCGUCAUAUUCGUAUUAGGCCUAUUGUUCUUCGUCUUCUCUAGUUUCACGCCUGACUUGUCGGAGACCACGCCUGACUUGUCGGAGACCACACCCGAAGACUCCAUUUCAGAGGAGAAGGUUGAUGAAGCGAUAGAGCCAACGGGCCCUCCGUCCAAGGAGUUAUACGACCUUGGUAAAGAUACCGGAGCUGUGGAUCAUACCUACAAUGGACGGAUCAGGUUCUUUCGACUAGCCAAAAGUCUACGCGCUGUUGCGGACAAGGCUGAAUUCCGGUUAGGUAUGGAUACUGUACUGUUUUCAGCGGCAAACUUGAAGAGCAUGUCGGCGCUCAUUCCAAUGGCAUGUGAAAUGGCAAGGAUGGGUAAAAGUUAUGUUCAUUUCGCCAUGAAUGGCCGAGAUGAUGUGUCUCUGGAUCAUAUAUUGACCCUCAACGGCGUGGACCAGAGUUCGUGUGAGGUCUUCUGGCACGAUGCGCGACCUGACUAUGCGCUAUAUAGCUCAGACACACGUGCCGAGUCUGCUGCCGCUGUGGCUCUCGGGCACAUCGAUCAGUUCAUACGGCCCAAGGUCGUCAUUACUGAUGACCUGAAGGCUGAAGAUCCUACAUUUGCAAGAGGUACACGAACAAAAGCCAAAGAGAUUUCCACGACCAUUAUCGAGAUUCCCAAGGGCGGUGCGGAAAGAAUGAUGUGGCUCACGCGUCUUGACGGUGCUGCAUUGGCAGCUUUCCACCAACCGUCGGUCGAUAUCAUAGUUCAUGUUACUCCUGCCUCGUCAGGCUCACUACUUCGACUAUUGAAAUCACUAAACACGGCUGACUAUGCGGGUAUGAAGCCUCCGCGCCUAAUCGUAGAUCUCCCGGUAGAGGUUGAUCCUGCUACAGUCGCUUUCCUAGAGAAAUGGAAGUGGCCACCUCGGCCGUUUGGUUCUCCGUCAUCAGAGAGCGCUCUAGAGAAUAGUCAGUUGAUCGUGCGACAUCGAAUCAUGGAUGAGAAGAUCUCGCCAGAGCGCGCUGCAAUACAAUUUCUCGAGUCAUCAUUCCCAGUCGAACAAGGGUCCUCUCACGUUCUAACCCUCACGCCGCAGCUACAACUAUCACCCUUGUUUUAUCAUUAUACCCGAUAUGUACUAUUGAAUUAUUUGCAUUCAUUGGGCUCGGACGCCCCGGAGCAUCUCUUUGGAUUUAGCCUGGAUUUCCCAAAAACCUACCUGAACGGAUCUGCAGAGUUUAUACCCCCGACGAUUGACGACAUGCAUGCCGAGUACAAGAAGGAAGCUCACACCCCCAAUAUCCCAUUCUUAUGGCAGGCGCCGAGCGAAAGUGCGUCUUUAUUUCUCGGCAGCAAGUUUCGGGAAUUUCAUUCAUUCCUUGGCUACAGGAUAGCAGCGCAGCAACAGCGGAAAAAGGGGCUGGAUGGGACGGUCUCGCAGCAAUACCCAGCUUGGUUUGGGUACGCGGUGGAAUUCAUGCGGGCACGUGGGUAUUUCAUGCUAUACCCUGGAAUCGCAGCCGACGAAGCCCUGGCAAUAAAGCAUGAUGAGCUUUCGAACACCCCUGAAGAAUAUGCAGAGGACAAGAAGGAGGAGGCAAAGAAGACCGACCCUGCUCGAGUGUCAGACCCCCAAGACGGCGAUAUCCUCGAAGACGAUGUCCGGACGACCAUAAAACCACCACAAUCCUCUCCCGAGUCCACCCUCGUCCCGCUCAGCCACCCUCUACACUCCAUCCUUCCUCUCAACGCAGACUACCCCGUGCUUUCCGCCCUUCCCAUUCUCUCCUUCGCCGGGGCCAAGCUGACAGCGAGCGAGUUCCUGGACGGCAUCAGUCCCUACGCGCGGUCCUUCCGUCAGGACGUUGGUGGCUGCGAGCCCGAUCCCCCGAAUAAGCGCCGUGUUCUUGUCGCCGGGAGUGCGAAGGACCUUUUUUGUUUCGGAGACGAGGGUGAGGAUGAUUGGGUG